AUGUUUCCAUUUUCGGUUACUAUUAUUUUUUUUCUAACGUUGUUGCUUUUAAAUACUGCAAGUGUUACGAUUAAUUCAAAAGCUGAAAUCUAUGAAAAAGUUGGUCAAUAUCUACGAGAACAAGAACAGUUAACGAAACAACAACAGCAAAUUGAAUUAGAAAAUUCCAAUAAAAUUGGACUUGGAUUUAAUCCAGUCCUUGGGACUCCCGUCUGUUACACCGGUACAUGUCAGAUGGAAGGAUUCGGACAUCCAGUCUUCAAACUGAUUUAUGAAUCAAAUUCACAUGGUUCUUGUACCACUAAACUCAUACCAAAAUAUGUCCUGCUGGACUGUUUACCAGGAUCCGCUACAAGUGCUAGUAGCGAAGUUAUUCAGACAUUGGAACAACUGUCCGAAAGUAUUUCAGACAAAAUUGAAAUUGGAAUUGGUGCUAGCUACAAAGCGUUUUCAUUUGGUUAUAAAACUUCAAAAGAGACAAGUUAUAUGGUGUAA